AUGGGGCGGAAGACUGGGAAGAAGAAAGGCGGAAGCAAGCCCAAAACCAAAGCUUCAUCCUCCUCCUCUACCUUGCCCAACUCGGUCUCGGUCACGCCGCCACCCUCGGUGGAGCCGGAGGCGGCAGCGGCCGAGGUCCUCCUCACCGUGGAUGUCCUCCGCAACAUCCUCCGCCGUCUCUCCCUCGCCGACCUCCUCCGCGCUGCCCUCGCCUGCCACCGCUGGCGCCGCGUCGCCGCCCGCUGCCUCCCCCGCGCGCCUCCCCUCCUCGGCUACUUCUUCCACCCCGUCAAAACCCCUCCGCCGCUGCCCAUCCGACCAACCGAACGCAUCCGCUACGACGCCGUGUUCGCGCCCCUCGACAACGCCUCCUCCCCGCGCCUCUCCCUCGACUUCGCGCCGGACGCCUCCCGCUUCGAUCUCCACGACUGCCACCACGGCCUCGUGCUCCUCGAGCCGGCCAGCGAGGUCCCCAAGUUCAUCCACCCGCGCCUCCUCGUCCUCGACCCGGCCACCCGCCGCCGCGCGCUCCUCCCGCCGCCGCCGCGCGACACGGUGCCCGACGACCGCCGCUGGCGCCGCUCCAGGCACUACGUCGGCUCCGCGCUGCUCUCCCGCGCGCACCCCAGCAGGCUCUGCUUCGAGGCCGUCUGCUUCGCCAUCGACGACGGGCACCCGCGCGCCUGGGUCGCGUCCGUCGACGACGGCGACUGCCGCUGGCGCGCGCUCCCGCGGGACGAGGAUGUCCUGGUCGAGUUCGACCCCAAGUGGUUCGAGGGCCGCUGCGUGCACGCCGCCGGGAAGUUGUACUGGCACAUCUGCAACUCGGCUCGCCUGAUCGCGCUGGACCCCGCCACGCUGCGGUUCUCCUACCUGCCGGCGCCGGCGGACCUGCCGGGCAACUACAGCUGCUACCGCAUCGGGGAGACGCCUGAAGGGCGGCUCUGCGUUGUGACCGUGGAGGAGCAGGUGAUGCGGCUCUGGCUGCGCGACGAGACCAGGCGCAGCAACGAUGGGUGGCUUCUGGAGACGGAGAUGAAUCUUCGCAGGGUGUACGACACGGUGCCGGGCCUGCCCAAGGACAUGGGUGCCAGGGUAGCCAACAUCUGGGUCACCGACAUCGACGCGGGGAACAAGAGGAAGUUGAUGCUGGGACACGGUCGCUACUCCUUCGAUCCGACCACCCGCAAGCUGGAGCGCCUGGUGACGAAAAGCGGCAAGGAGUAUGGGGAUCCAAUCUACGCCUACUUCCUCGCAUGGCCGCCUGCGUUCCUUGCGCAAGCGUAAUGGCUUGAUCACUUCCAGUAAUCUGGUGAUGAGACGAAGUACCAGCUCAUCUUUCGUUUGAAGUCAGCUCACAUCCUUUCAUUUCUGGUCACUGCUCCGUUAC